UGCCGCCUUGUAGUCGCACUUCUGAGGUGGUUGCGUUGCGUCGUGUCUUUCUGUCUCUGUCCCGCUCUUCCUCAUAAUUUUUCCUGAUUUUCUCUUGAUUUUUUCGUGACAGAAUCGGAAACAUUAAUACUUUCUGAGGCAGAUUGCCUUUUAUAAAUUUUUUGACAGACCCCCUCAUCCGUACAACGAAUCGAGAUAACUAGUAUCAGAUGGCUCCUGUGACUCGUAGAAACCCACAACAACCAUCCGUUGAAGCUCGAGUGAAUGAGGCAACGCAAAGGCAAAACGUAUCAGGUUCAGAUAUGGAUAACCAAAUUGACAUGAAUGACGACCCAGUCAUUGACAAGUCAUGCUCGUUCCGAACGUCGAUGACAGUGGAAAUUAAGGAGAUAACGUGGGAAAUUAAAGAUUUCAAAGCGCUGUCACAAAUGAAGGAUGGUUUUAAGAAUGUGUAUAUAAGUUUCGAAGCCGGUCAAAGUAUUAAGCUCCCAACAAAGUGGGCUUUCUUUAUUCGUCGAAUUGAUGACGAUUUUGGCCUUUACUUGCGGCUGCUGCAAAAACCGCCCACCGAGAAAGAAAUUUUCGUCCGUUUUGAUUCCGCCGUCAAGCGUGUCGGGGGUGGAGAAUUUAUUCGACUGUCCACCGAAGUCGUGGAUUUAAGCAGCGUCGCGGAUUGGGGGUGGUCCAGCUUCUCAACCAUUCCGAAACUCAUAUCUGCUACGUCGAACGUCUUACAAGAUGAUAUGUUGACUCUCUCUUUGAAGUUGUACCUUUACUCCAGACAAACAGUGGACCUGGCUGAAAGUCAAAAGUUGGUCAAGCUAAAGACUGAUUGUCAGAAACUGGUGGCAAGUGCGUUGGAAUCUUCUCUUGUGAACAAACGUUAUUCUGACGUAACCAUCAUGAGUGCGGAUGGUGUCGCCUUUCAAGCACAUAAGGUGAUCUUGGCAGCUCACAGUCACGUUUUCGAUGCUAUGUUUACAACUGAUAUGACUGAAAAAAAGACGGGAGUAGUCGCAAUUGAUGACAUUCAAAGCCCAGCGUUCGCUGUUUUAUUAAAAUUUAUGUACUCUGGACAAGUGGACGAUGCAUGGCAUGAGGCUAGCGAGGAAGUAAUCUAUGCCGCAGAUAAGUACAAUAUUCCUCUUCUGAAGUCGUAUUGCGAUCACACAUUGGCAGCCAGCUGUAACCUAUCAAAUGCGCUUGAUCUCUUAAAGUUGUCGCGACUCCACAAUCUCACCGUUGCUAGCAAGCAAAUUUCAGAUUAUAUCAAAUUGAAUAUGGAUGCGGUGCUUCUAUCCGUGUAAGUCAAAGUUGACAGCGUGUUCUUUGGUUCUCAUAUUGCCUAUUAAUAUUACCAAACAGUAAAACUACAAAUAACUUACUGAGACUGAUGACUGAGACUGAUGAUAGAAACUAAAAUACAGAAUUUCCAUUCAUUUCAAUUCAGAUUUCAUUUUGCAUAUUAUCUGUAUCGUAAUUUUCUUACUGACAAUAAAAUAAAGCGUCGAAAUCUAAAUUGA